UGAUCAGUGGGCUCGAACUCUAGCGGGGUCGACGAAAUGAAAGGAAUCCGAUGUCCAGAGCUUCCUCGGAGGCAAUCAAAGACGGCUUGCCAUGCGUUCGUUACAAGCUCCUGAAAAGGGCGCGCGUCGGUUUGCCAAUGCUGGGCGCUACAUGCUGAUCAUUACGGACUGUCACUCUAUGCCAGGAAGACUAGGAGUUGGAGAGAAAGCAGGUGGAGCGUGUCGGGCAACUCUGUUUUGGAGUUGUCUUAGGGAGCAAUCCAUGGGUGGCAAUACCGUGCCAUUGAGGGCAAUACUGUGGGCAUCAUUUAUUACAUGUGCAAGUUGAUCAUCUCGAAUACAACAAAAUGCCUACACACGAUCAUUAACCCGACAUGUCAAUGGAUCCACUCGUCGGAACCAAUAUA